AUGGCCGAUGCCCAGCCGCCUUCGCGCGGCACGACGCCUGGCCUGGCAGCUGGAGUCAAGCGCCCGCUUGAUGAGGACCACGUCCCCGCCGUUCCUUCGCCGCUCAAUCCCGACCCAGUGGCCCGUCCGCGUCCUCCCAAAGCUCCGCAGCGCGAGCAGCGCGAAAAGCGCGAUUCGUUGAAGAAGCGUGAGGCCCAGGCCAGCUCACGUGGGAACACUCCGGACAUCAAGGUGAAGAACAAGCUGGCCUCGGCCCCCGCCCCGCUCAACUACAUAGUCGAGCCGGACACCCUCAAGCUUCAAGACUUCGAAGCUCCCAAGCCUCCCGCUUUCAUCUCCCACGAGCCGCCGCUGCUCACCCCGGACGGCCAGCUGGAGCUCAAAAGGCCGCUAGACCAUGCGUCAAACCGCAAGCAGUUCCGUUACUAUCCCUGCGUGGCCGAUCCUCUGUUCCGCCACAAGCAGUACUACCGCCAGACCGACACCAAACCCUUUGCACCCCGUCUUAGCUUUGAGGAUAGCGACAAAUGGAUCCAUUUUGACGACUCGGCGACCGUCUUCACCAACGAGCGCGGCUGGCGCAUGAGCCGCGCCAAUGUCGUUGCUCGCGAAGGCCGGUACUACUACGAGGUCAAGAUCAUCCGUGGCGUGCCCAGCGAAGGGCCGCCGGUACCCAAGGGACAGGAAGGAAAUCCACAACCACACAUCCGCAUGGGCUGGGCCCGCCGGGAAGCUCCGCUAGACGCCCCGCCUGGCUUCGAUGGUUACAGCUAUGGCGUCAAGGACAUUGGGUUCGAGGCCAUGCACAAGUCUCGUCCAAGCAAAUUGUUCAACGCUGCUUCGAAAGGCUCCAAAGUGUCCAAGGCAGCGGCGGGAAAGCCUCAAGUCGAGCAAAUCGAGGAGGACCAUGUUCGGGAAGGCGACGUGAUCGGCUUGGAGAUUGUCCUACCAUCUAUAUCGCUCCAUCGAAAGGUUGUCGAAGGCAUCUACAACCCCGCUGUUGACAAUAGCGAUGGAUUUGAGGAUCCGAUAGAGGGAGCCCAUGACAUCAUCCGAGAUCGCAUCGCCGUCCCUUUCAAGGGCAACAAUUGGUUUGAGGUGAAUGAGUAUCAGACAACCAAACCCAUGGAGAGUUACGCGGACCGCGCCACAUUCAAUUCGGUGACUCCUAGCCCGAAUCACAAUGAAGUCCCGCUCAGGUCCCUUCCGCACUCCGCAAUCAGGGUUUAUCGAAACGGCAAACUCGUCGGAAGUGCUUUCGAGAAUCUCAUGUCGUUCCUGCCACCCGCGUCGUCGCCAGUGCCUUCAUCCAACCCUCUAGUCAGGGCAGGACUUGACGACGGGAUGCUAGGCUAUUUUCCUGCCGUCGCCGCCUUCUGCGGUGGGAUUGCUCAGGUCAACUUUGGGCCAAACUUUUGGUGCCCACCGCCCGGCCUUGAGGACGUCGACAUGGGCGGUAGCGACAAGUCCUUGCCAGAAGGGAGGAAGCUGCGACCGAUCGGGCACAGAUAUAAAGAGCAGAUUGCGGAGGAUAUUGUCUGGGACAUCAUCGACGAUGUGGGCUUCUACGUUGCAAACCGAGGAGAUGAUCAGAACAGCGGUCACACGGGGGCAAUACAAGCGCCUCCGACUGCGCGCGGCAUUACAAGUCUGAAAGAGGACGAUGGAUUCUAG